AGCGACUAAUGCUUCACUGUUCAACAAUACAUUGUUUAUAAAUUCAACUGUUCAACUUCAAAUUCGAAGAUGGCUUAAAAAGAAGGAAACUAUUUCAAUAUGUCUGGAUCACGAUCAUCUAGAAAAGUCACUGUAGAGGGAACUUAUAAUGCUGCGGACACCAGUACAAAUAGAAAAAGUGUCUUUGAUCGACUGGGACCUGGUACGACUACGACUGAGAGAUCUCACUCAAGAAGAGAGGAGUAUAAAGAAGUUGUUGUUGAGAAAUGUAGGAAUUGGGUUAAAGAUAAACAUUGUCCAUAUGGUAGAACUUGUCGUUAUGAUCACGGUUCUGCAUCCUCAAAAAUGAAGUUGAUCAGAAGUAUUGUAAGUAAGAAUGAAGACUCAAGCUCAUCUAGUGAGCGAAAAAGUGAAGUUAAACUAAAAAGAGCUCCAAGUCCUGAGGAAAUUGAUCAGUUUGCAGGAAAGCCAGCAAAACGAAUGAAGCCAGAAAGUAUUAAAGUCACUAAAGAAUCAUUACAUCAAGAGUUAAAAGAGUCAAGAGGGUAUCGAAGACCGAAAGAUGAUACAAAAACCUCAACUAAACGACAAGAGAUUGAUGCUGACCAAAGUGAGUGGAAUCUUCCAAGCAUUAGUGAUAGUGAUGAAGGGCAACAGGGAAAUGAACUUGAUUGGGAGACGAGAGGUGCGUUAAAUCAAGCUCGUCAAAAAGAAUUGGAGAAAAGACGCAAAGAUCUUCGACGAAAAAUUGCCACGAUUGAUGACAGCGAUGAUCCUGUUGUAACCAUAUCAAAUAUGCCCCUUGUUGAACAUCCUUCCCCACCAUUUCAGGACGAAGAAAUUAAGAUAGAAAAGAAAAAGAAAAGCAAGUCAGAUAAAUCGAAAAAGAAAUGGAAAAAGAAAUCUCAUAAAAAUGAUGAAAGCUUCGAUGGUAAUGCAACUGAAAGUGUGGACAAACGAAAAAAGACGAAAAAAAAGAAGAAACAUGGUACAGAUUCAGAUCACGAAAGGAUUCAGAGCGAUCUUUCUCAUAGAAAAUCUCAUUUUGAAGGUGCCGUAUUCCAACAAGAUUUGUACCGAGAAAGCAAGAGACACGGCGAGUUUUUACCUCCAGUUGACAGAACUCGACCUGGACAUCGUUAUGAAGCAGAUUCUUAUCAUUAUGAUAAGCAAAGUCGUUCACAAAUGGAGUCGCGUUUGUUUGAAAAAGAACGUAUGAACGCGCAGCAGUAUGAAAUGAAAUCACGUCAACUGCAGGCCGAAGAAAGCAUUGAAAGAGAUACUAGACAAUUGGAACAGAAAAAAAGUUCUAAAUAUGAAGGAGAUUACCAUGGCGAAGAAUAUCGACAAUUUGAAAGAGCUCCUCAGUUAGAAAAAGAAAAUCGUCAGGUAAGAAAUGCAUCAGUUGGCCAAUAUGAAAAGGAUGCAAAAUCUUUGCAGUCUGAACGUAAGACACAGAUUGAAAAAUCGCGACAAACACACAUGGAACACGAUUCAAAGUCAGGUUCAUUUAGCAGUAAAAGACUGUCGUGGUCAUCUCAACAACAUGAAGAAAAUACUGCGUUGACUUAUGAAAAACAAUCGGGAACUAUUGGUUUUGGAAAAAACCGUCGAUUGCUAGGUGACGAAAAAGAAAUCAGGGGUUCUCAUCACGAACGAGAGGCAAAAUCUCCCUCGCCUGUAGGACGGUCGCCGACAUUUGAGAAACGUUCUACAACAAAAGAUUGGGAAGGUCUUUCAUCUCAAGUCAAAGCACGUUCACCCGAGAAGAAACAGCGUCACUAUCAACAUGAACCAUUUCGUAUUGGCGAACAAAUCCCACUGAGUCAUGGAAAUGAGAGAUUCCAUGAAAGUCAAACUAAGGAAGCUAAACGGAAAAAGGAAAAUCAACAAAAUAAUCUCUCGUUUGAAAACAGGCAAAAAGAUGAAGAAAUCGAGAAGUUAAAAAGGCAGAAGAAUCUCAACGAGAAAGCGACAUCACUUCUUAAAGAAAAACAUAAAAAAGUUGGAAAAUUGAAAGAGUCUGCUUCUGUUGUCCGCGCGCCAAUUACAAAUGUUAAGAUUCAAAAACCCAAGCUAAGUGACGAAGAAGGAAAAAAGAUCAGUCCUCGUAUACAAUCCCCAGAAUUGACUCAGCUUCCUUUGUCUUUCGAGAAAGAUCUCCCGACAUCGGGAAACAAGUCUACGUUUCUAUCAGAAAAGCAAAUUAAGAAAAGCGCUCACGUUAAAUGCAAGCAACCUGGUAGUACAAAGAGUGUUAAAUCUUCCAGCGGUGCGAAGCAUCUUCCUCUUCAAAUACAAAAUGAAAAUAUAACGGAAUCUAGCGAAAAUGAUAGCUCAAGUAGCACUGAUGAAUCCGAGAGUGAAGAUGAAACGAAUCGUGGCAAUGUAUCCAAAAAAACUGCAAAGAUUAAGGAGAGUAAGAAAAAGGAAUCCGACUCGGAGGUCAAUAAUAAACAACGUUCAAAUAAAAGUACACCCGCUACACGCCACGUGAACGCAAAUGUCAAUUCUCGUGAUGUAUCAAAGCAAUCACGAAAUGACGUUGCCAAACGUCCUACUGAGGAGAAAGGGCGAAAAGAACGCCGGGAAGACGAUAAAUAUCACCGUGGAGAGAACACACAAGAUGUAAGAAGAACACGAAUGGAAGAUCCAAGAGGAAGUAAAAAUGUUAGAGACGUACGCGAUCCAAGGGAAUCUAGAGAUUACCGCGACUUUUCUCGAAUGCAAUUUAGAGAUAACCGUGAACGGGAAAGAUUUCGCGAUUUUGAUGAAAGAGAACGCCAUCCUUUAGACAUGAGGAGAGAAUAUAGAGAUGCUCCUCCUGACUUUGCUAAUGAUUGGUCACGUGAACGAUAUGAUGGCGGCUACGAUACAAGAGAGUAUGAUAGACGUGGAGAUAAUAGAGGGAUUCCUGGAGAUUAUGAGCGUCAUUUUGAUGGAGACAGAUUGCAUCCUGACAGAGGCGGACGUUAUAGAGGUAUGGAAGAAGGAAGUUGGCAUGAUCGUCGAGGAUAUAGAGAUACAGACAGGUAUCAUGAGGGACGCGGUGACAGAUAUCAAGAUGAGCCCAAACCGAUUUCCAAAUCUAAACGUUCGAGAAACUCACCGCAAACGAACCGUGGCGAAAGAAAAGGCCAUCAUCGUAAGCGUAUUGCAGGUGGAAAUCCUGAUGAUUCAGAAGAAUGGGAUUAUGAAGAAGGCAACAGUCCUGACCAGCAAACUACAUCACGAAAACGCGGUAAAGAUUCACCGAUACGCUCACCACGAUCUGACUAUGUGAAACGUAAAAAGGCUUCAACUCCAGAAAAAAAGAUUAGCGAAAGUUCUGCUGCAAAAAAUACUGACAUAGUUAUGGAUAAGCAUCCUGUCGUAAAAGAGGGAGACCUUGAUGGCAAAAAGCCCAAGAAAGACAAGGAUAAAGAAAAAGGCAAGAAAAAUAAGAAGACAAAAUUGGAUGACGAGAACACUAAAAGUGAUAAAACUGUUUCACCUGAUCAAAAGCAAUAUCGUGAAACCUCAAAAGAUAAAGAAGAAAAAAAAUCCAAAUCUGAAGAACCUACAGAUAAAAACAGUUCUGAUAUUGACGAUGAUCCACCACCUCUACCUAUAGACGAUGCAGAGAAAAAUGAAAAUGUAUCAGUUAUGUUAACAAGACAAAAUGCUCACGAACAGGUGGUCAAUAAUCUUGAUGAGAGCAAAGCAGAGAUCGAUUUGAACCAAGAUGGUAUUGCUGCUAAAUUCGAUGACAAUGAAAAAGCUGAAGAUAAAAAGAUUGAUAAAGUACAAAAUGAUGAUGAGAAUGGUGCAUAUGAUUUUAUCAGUGACGAUGAGUGGGAACCAAUGACUGUAACCAGUAAUGAGGACAAUAAAGAAACUGGAAAAACUCAAACUCUUGAUAUGGCUGAUGUUGAUUGGAGUGUCCUUGAAACAAACACAGAAAAAGUUUCAGAACCUGGUGACUACAUCAAACGCUUUUCAGCUGGAAAUAUAUUUUCCCGUAUUGGGUUGUCAUCUGCUCUUGCGGGACCUACUUUAAGCAAACUAGUACAAGAGAAAUGUGCUCAAGAUGCCCCAGACAAAGGAAUGAAAAGUUUGCUUCUGAAAACUGACAAGAAAAAGUUGAGAUUAGGUGGUCUCAUUGCUGCAGAAGCAAGAAGAUUGAAAGAAAGGGAAGGUGUAGUUAGUGACAUAGGACCUUGCCGUCGUGCUUUGUGUGCCAGACGUGACUUUUUUAUUCGCAAAAAACUCCGUAAACUUGCUACGAUGAAGCUUGGUACAAAACUAUUGUUGGAUAACACAACCAUGGAACCUGUGGAUAGUGAAUUGUUUUCGCUGAGCGUAUCUAUUUUUAAACGUGGGAUCAUUACAACAGACGAAACGAAGGAAGAUAUUUUACAAAAUGUAGAGACAUGUACAUAACGUAAUGUCGUAUGAGUUAAAACCAUUUCAUUGUAGUUAUCAACCAAUAAAAACUAUCCGUGUUAUUCA